AUGUCAUUGUACUCCAUUUACAUCUUUAACCGCUACGGUGACAAUAUCUUCUACAUGCAGUGGAAUCGGACAAGUGCAGUGCAGGAGGGUGAGGCACGCCUCGUCGCUGGCUUCAUCUACACACUGCAGCACUUGUCGUCACAACUCUCCUCCACUGGUACGGGUGGACUGAGGGCAGUGCAAACCCCACUCUAUAAGCUUCAUUAUGGCGAAACAAUGACUGGAUACCGGGUCGCACUACUUACGGAUAGGAAUGUGAACACGGCACUGGUGCAGGGUAUAUUUAUUGAGAUGUUCCGUGAUGUUUUCCAGAAGACUGUAACGCGGAAUCUAAACUACCGCCACGAGCCUGGGUGCACGAUCACCAACCCGGAGUUUGCGGAGGGGCUGGAAGCUCUCUUCCGUUCAAAGCAACUGCUAAAAUGA